UGGUGUGGAUGGAUCUAAUCUGCCUCCUUGGCAUAUAUAAAACCCCUGCACUGUCACCUAAACCUCUCCUUUCCCCUCUGCUCGUCCGGUUCAGAGGUGCCAGCAGGUAGCUCUUUGUUGCCAAGUAGAGGAGACCAUGAGGCGCGCAGGGAGCCUUCUUCUCCUGCUGCUUCUGCUCUCCCUGUCUGCCUCCACCGCCGAAGCAAACAACAAGGGGAGCUUCGGCGACGACGCGGCACCCUUGACCGGCCGGAGAUGGCACCUGAGAGGACGGCGGGCAAUGGCGGACCGAGGGCACGGAGAGGCGAGGAGGGAUGAGGCCGUGGGAGCCAGGAACACAGGAGCAAAUCAAGAAGCAGGUCAUGGGUCUGCUGAAUUUGUACAUGAUGAGGGAGCAACCGGCCAUCGUCAUAACCACGGCGGCGACGCGGCCGCCAUGGCGUCAGACAUGCUGAGGAUGGACUACUCCGUCUCCGUGGACGUGCACAGCCGGCGGCCCAUCAACAACGACGCUCCGUUGUAUGAGCUCGCGGACGAGAAGCCUUAGCUAGAUGCCGGUCCACACGCGUGAGAAGAUGCGACUCCUAUUGAUAUAGACACAGAUGGUGUUAGGCUAGCUAGCACAUGGUUAGCUUAGCUAAGUAGGGAGGGACCCUCCGGGCCGCACGUAGAGCCCAUUUCUGAACCUCGAUCGAUCAAUGGAACGGAUCGAUCGAGGUGAGUUGGAUGAGCAGUUUUGGUUGCGCCGUGCUUGGAGGGGUAGUGACGUAUGUAAUCUGUCAGCAGCAGCAUCUCUGAAGCUGCAGAGAAUAGAACUCAUGAUGCUACUUCAGGUUUCA